AUGUCGCCGAUCGCAGCCGACAAUCUCAGUCAAUCAAAACUAACUGAGUUGAUAUUUUUUAGAGCGUCUGUUUAUUAUCUAUUUUCAUUUAUCAGUCUUUUCCUCUCUCUUUUCCUAUUUAUCUCCCUAUCUAUCCUUUCCUCUCUAUCAUUCCUAUCUAUCUAUUUAGUUUUAUUUUCCUAUCUAUCCAUCUAUUUUUAUUUUCCUAUCUAUCUAUCAAUCUAUCUAUGUAAUUUUAUUUUCCUACCUAUUUUUAUUUUCCUCUCUCUCUAUCUAUCUAUCUAUCUACUUUUAUUUUCCUACCUAUUUUUAUUUUCCUCUCUAUCUAUCUAUCUAUCUAUCUAUCUAUCUAUCUAUCUAUCUAUCUAUCUAUCUAUCUAUCUAUUUUUAUUUUCCUACCUAUUUUUCUUUUCUUUUCUUAUCUAUCUAUCUAUCUAUAUUUAUUUUCCUACCUAUUUUUCUUUUCUUUUCUUAUCUAUCUAUCUAUCUAUCUAUCUGUCUAUUUUUAUUUUCCUACCUAUUUUUCCUUUCUUUUCUUAUCUAUCGAUGUUUAUUUUCCUACCUAUUUUUCCUUUCUUAUCUAUCUAUCUAUUUUUAUUUUCCUACCUAUUUUUUCUUUUUUUCUUAUCUAUCUAUCUAUCUAUCUAUUUUUAUUUUCCUACCUAUUUUCCUUUCUUUUCUUAUCUAUCUAUCUAUCUAUCUAUCUGUCUAUUUUUAUUUUCCUACCUAUUUUUCCUUUUUUUAUCUAUCUAUCUAUCUAUUUUUAUUUUCCUACCUAUUUUUUCUUUUUUUCUUAUCUAUCUAUCUAUCUAUCUAUCUAUCUAUCUAUUUUGGUUUUCCUACCUAUUUUUCCUUUCUUUUCUUAUCUAUCUAUCUAUCUAUCUAUUUUUAUUUUCCUACCUAUUUUUAUUUUCCUAUCUAUCUAUUUUUAUUUUCCUAUCUAUUUUUCUUUUCUUUUCUUAUCUAUCUAUCUACCUAUCUAUCUAUGUUUCCUAUCUAACUUUAUGA